AUGCUGUGGCAUGUCUGGUCGUUGUCGAGAACGCCCAAGUCGCGACUGGCUCCUGUCUUGAGACGCCAUGCGCGUCUAAACCACAGCUCAGCGGUGCUCGACGAAGUUACUGCCAGGGGCUUCAUCCAGGAUGUGACACGACGCGCUGACCUGGCAAAAGCGCUCGAGGCCAAACCCCAAGGUCUGUACACCGGCAUAGACCCAACUGCCCCGUCUUUGCAUAUAGGACACUUGAUACCCUUGCUUUGCUUGGCCCACUUCCAUUUACACGGCCACAAGAUUAUACCCUUGAUUGGUUCUGCGACAGGUCGUAUAGGUGAUCCGUCAGGUCGAAGCACCGAAAGGAAAUUACAGCAGACCGAGCAGCUGAACGCCAAUAUCGCUGGACUCACUCGUUCCGUUACCAACUUCUUCGAACGCGCCUUCGUUCAUGCGUCUCGUCGGCUCGGUCUUCAGCGGGAUGCGCAACCGGAGGUUAAAGUUGUUUCCAACCAUGUCUGGCACGAGAAGUUUAGCAUGCUUGACUUCCUCCAAGUUGUCGGUAUCCAUGCUAGAAUUAACACGAUGAUGAAUAGGGAGAGUGUCCGAGCUCGGCUGUCUUCUCAGCAAGGAAUCUCCUUCACGGAAUUCACGUAUCAGCUACUUCAAGCCUACGACUUCCACUAUCUCAACCAGAACCACGGCUGCACGAUCCAAAUCGGAGGGUCUGACCAGUGGGGAAACAUCGUUGCCGGGAUCGAGUUGAUUGGCAAACUGUCCCCUUCCUCGACAGCCCAAGGCACCGGAAAGGAGGCAACGCCACCCACCACAAGUCCCGACGCCUUUGGAAUCACCACUCCCCUCUUGACUACCCCGUCCGGUGAGAAGUUUGGAAAGAGUGCUGGAAACGCCGUUUGGUUGGACGAGAACUUGACGAGCGUGUUCGACUUCUACCAAUACUUCUUCAAGUCACCCGACAGCGUCUUGCCUCUCUACCUGAACCUCUUUACCUUCCUUCCCCGACCCAAGAUUGCCGAAAUCGUGGAGACCCACAAUGCUCGCCCCGAGUUGAGACUAGGUCAGAAGACCUUGGCAGCCGAGGUCACAGAGAUGGUGCAUGGAGCAUCGGCCCUUGAGCGUGCCCAAACUCUCACAUCCCUCCUCUUCCCCACUUCCAUUUCGGCUUCUGCCAGUCCUGACGGUUCAGCCCAAUCCGAUUACUCUGGACUCACCACAGAGCAGAUCACCUCUGCGUUUGACUCAUCCGACCCCCGAUUGGUGUACAUCCCCGAAGCUGAACUGGUCGAGUCAACACCGGUGGUCAAACUCGCCAGUCGAUGUGGACUGGUAGCGUCGAACUCCGCUGGUCGUUCCCUCGUCGCCUCCCGCGGACUGUAUCUCAAUAACUCCCCAGUCCCAGAUAUCAAAACCACCAUUUCCAAAAAUCAGCUUAUAGAUGGCCGAGUUGCCAUUUUGCGAGCUGGCAAGGAUAAACUGUCGGUCUUGGUUGCCCAGUGA